AUGGUUUUGAAGUCACACUACUUCUUUGACGAAAAAGAUGCAGAAACGCAGUAUCGGUCAGAACGUGCUAGGGUUGACACCCUUUUACUUCAGUCAAGAUUACGAGGAUCGAGUCCAAAGCCGUCAGCGACACGAGAGAAGAAAGUAGCAAAGCCACUCAGUGCUGGUCCACAUGUUGAAAAACAAGACAUACCUGCACCAUCUGAUAUCCCCGAUAUAAGAACACGAGGGCUACCACAGAGGCCAAAGACCCCAUACCACUUCGGAAUCUGCCUCGCAAUGACAUCAGCUCUGAUCAUGUCAUUGCGGACUUCAGAGCGCGACAAUUGCGACCUGCGUAUCAAUAAAUGCUUUGGCAGAUCCACACAAGUUCCUGUGUUCAUAUUAGAGGAUCAGCUGGCUCGUGGCCUCCCUUGCAAGAUAUACUGUACAGAGCCGCGUCGAAUAUCAGCUGUAUCUCUCGCUCAACGAGUUUCUCGUGAGCUAGGUGACUCUGCUGGUGCCGUUGGAACUUUAAGCUCGCUAGUCGGCUAUUCAAUUCGAUUGGAAAGCAAUACUACGCGAAAUACCCGCCUGGCGUUUGUUAUGAAUGGUAUCGCUCUUCGUAUGCUGGAGGGAGGCACAGGCCCCAAUGGUCAAGGCACUGCAUUUGACGAGAUCACACACAUCAUUAUUGACGAGGUCCAUGAACGCAGCAUUGAGUCAGACUUCCUUCUCAUUGUUCUCAAAUCUCUUCUCUCCCAGAGGUCGGAUUUGAAGAUCAUUCUCAUGUCGGCCACAGUGGACGCGGACAAACUGUCCAAUUAUUUCAAUGGAUGCCCCACAUUACAUGUCCCAGGUCGAACCUUCCCUGUGGAUGUUCACUUCUUAGAGGAUGCUAUAGACAACCAACAUCGCACAAUCGGUGGCAGUUCUUCAAGCUUUGAACCAACUGAGACAGGUAUCACUAUUCCUGACAUUACCUGUGUCAUAGACACCGGCAAACAUCGCGAGAUGAGGUUUGACGAAAAGCACCAGCUCAGUUGUUUGGUCGAAACUUUUGUUGCCAAAAGUAAUGCUGCUCAGCAUAGAGGUCGUGCAGGACGGGUGCAGAAUGGACUGUGUUUCCACUUGUUCACCAAGAUUCGUCAUGACACGUCGGUCCGCGCUCUUACACCGUCAGAGGACAUCACUCCGAUGGGUAGGCUUCUGAGCAUGUUGCCUACAGACGUGCAUGUAGGGAAAUUGUUGCUCACCGCGGUAUUAUUCCGAUCUCUGGACCCUGCGCUAACAAUCGCUGCUGCUUUGAGUUCCAAGUCCCCGUUCAUAGUACCAAUGGGUAUGGAGCAAGAGGCGGACCGUGCUAAGAGUUCGUUCCACAUUGAUAAUUCAGACUUCUUGAUGAUCCACAAUGCAUUUUCGAGUUGGCGUAGAGCAUCCGAGAAUCCCAGUUUUGUGCGCAAGAUCUGUCAGGUUAAUUUCCUUAGCCACCAGAAUCUUCAACAGAUCGAGGAAUUACGUCAACAAUUCCUAGGGAAUUUCGUUCGAGAACUCAGCCGGUAUGUAACAUGCACGUUUUGGUCGCUCGUGAGCGUACCACUGCCUCUGGAUAGCAAUGGAUCUAAUAUUGCUCUCAACAACUCGGCUCUCACUGCGGGGCUUUAUCCUAAAGUACUGGCAAUCGACUCUUCCUCUGGACAAAUGCGCACUAUAUCGAAUAACCAAUCUGCUGCUUUUCACCCUACUUCUGCUAACUUUGGCAGGAAGCCCGCUGACUUUGGUGUUAACCAUCUCGUCUACUUUACACUCAUGCACUCGAAGAAGAUGUAUGCUUGGGAGACCGGACCCAUCGACGAUCUCGCUCUCGUACUCCUAUGUGGGGAGAGUGAAUUCAAGCUUUGGGGAAAAUCAAAGUGGAAACUGGAGAUGACAGUGCGAAGCUGA